GUUAAUAGAAGAAUUAAUUGAGUUACCUCAAAGUUUUGAGUAGUCACUUGUAAAUUUUCAGUGUUCGUCCAUUUUCAGACUGCGAGCAAUCAAACGCAGUCAAACGCAGUCAAACGUAGUCAAACGUAGUCAAAAUGGGUAUCCUAGAAACGUACAACUACUACUACGAAAUGUCAGAUCCUCGAGUAGAAAAUUGGUUCCUGGUGGGAAGUUUGUGGCCAAUUUCGUUAAUUUUAUUCAGUUACUUAUACUUUGUCUUUCAAUGUGGCCCACGCUAUAUGGAGAACAGGCCAGCAUACAAAUUCAAGAAUUUUAUCAGAGUAUACAACAUUUUUCAAGUAAUUGCAAAUGCAUACAUAGUAAACGAAAUUUGGGAAGUUUAUCCUGAUCUCACUGUCUUGCAAUGUAUACCAAUCGAUUAUUCUACAACUCCAGGUGCUUUAAGAAUAGUGAAAGCAUGUUAUUACUCAACAAUGUUGAAAGUAGUUGACCUCAUCGAAACAGGACUGUUUGUUCUAAGAAAAAAGAACAACCAAAUUUCAUUUUUACACGUCUAUCAUCAUAUAACUACAGUAUUGGUUGGUGUGGUAUUUGUGAGAUAUGUGUCUGGAGGAAUGGCAGUUCUCUUUCCUGCCCUAAAUGGUGCAGUCCAUGUAAUUAUGUACAGCUACUACUUUUUGAGCAGCAUAGAAGGAAUCAAAGACGUGGUUCUCCCCUUAAAACGCUACGUUACUAUCAUACAAAUGGUGCAAUUCGUCAUUUUCUUGUUACACCUUCUUAUCGCAUUGAGUCCUUCCUGCCCUGUUCCAAAAUUUCCAGUUUUAGUUAUGAUCCCAAAUGUACUUUUGAACUUUACCUUAUUUUAUAACUUUUACAAGAAAGCCUACUUGAAUUCGAAAACAAAAAAGUGAUUCCGUCUACAAAGUGUAGUAUAAUUUACAACUAAGAGUGUAAAAUAAUGUUCAAAUAUUAGUAUUUGAGACUCCUUAGGGUAAUUUUGUCAUCAAUAAGAAUAUUUAUA